AUGAUACAUCACAGGCAUUCGGCACUUACUGAUUUUCUCGCUUCCAACAACAUCUCCGCGGCUCAAAUUCACCAAGACUACCAAAGACGUUUGAGAGAUGAAGAACGCCAGGUUGAUGAGGCUCAGGAAAACCAUGAUGAGAACUCUCCACAUGAGGGCACUAGUGAGUCGCCAGAGCAGCAGAAGAAGCGAAAGCGUCAAGAGACUGUUGCUCUGGCCAAAAUCAAGCAGAGUAAAGAGUUCGCCCGACGCAAGGCGCGACGAACUGGCGAGCCAGAUGAUGAUGAUGAUUUCAUCGCUCGUGAGAUGAUGCACGAACGAUCGCGUCCGAUGCCGGGCCAGCUUGACAAUUGCGAGCUAUGCGGUAAACGCUUCACAGUUACUCCAUACAGCAAGACAGGACCAAACCACGGUCUUCUUUGUGCUAAAUGCUCAAAGGCACAAACAGACAAUGAGAGGAAAGCAAAAGCAAAGAAGCGCGGACCGAGAACUAGUCGUCGUCAAAAUCAGAGCGAUCUUCUCGACGGCCUCGCGCAACAAGGUGCCCUGAGCUUGGCCGAGAUGUGCACGAAGAAAGUUGCAGAUAACAUCAACGAUAUUGAAGAGUUUGGUGACUUGCCACCGCAACUAUUACAUCGUCUGAGUCAGAUACUUUCCAAAAGGCGGGUCAUGACACCUCGGACUCUCAAUCUUUUCCUUCGCCCAGACCUUGACUCUAUCGAUAUUUACGAUGCCGCUAGGCUUGAAACACAGGAUUUUGAGAAGAUUUUUGCAUUCAUGCCUUCUGUGACUCAUGUCAACCUUCGCUUUGCAGGUCAAAUGAAAGAUGAGGUGGUGGGCUACAUGUUGAGCCGUGACCUCCAUAUAAAGAGUUUACAGCUAGAUGCUACCAACUUGGUGUCAGAUUCCUCAUGGCGGCAGCUAUUCCAAAGGCUAGGAUCACAGCUAGAGAGUCUCAAACUGUCCAACCUUGAUUGCUCAUUGGACAACGAGACCGUGGAGGCGCUGACCAGCUGCUGUACCGCACUUCGGUGUUUGAAAUUGAAACACUGCUGGAAGCUUGGGGAUCGCUCACUUGAAGCCAUUUCUAACCUGACAAGUUUGGUGCAUUUGUCUUUACACUUCUAUCAGGAUGUGGAGAACGACACUCUUCUCCAGACCAUAAAUCAGGUGGGGCCAAGCUUGCAGACAUUGUCAUUGGAAAGCUUCACUACUGCCGAUGAUCAUCUACUUGACAUGAUACACGCCAAGUGCAGGACAUUGACCAAAUUACGCUUCUCGGAUAACGUCACCUGCACUGACAAGGGAUUUGUGCGUCUUUUCGCAGACUGGCCAAAUCCUCCUCUAGAAAUAGUGGAUCUUUCAUCAACGCGUGAUAUCGAUAAUGCUAGCCCAGACGAUCCGGCAGAAGCCACAGGCCUUGCAUCUCAUGGGUUCAUUGCACUCAUGAACCAUUCAGGCUCUAUGAUUCGCAAGUUGAAUAUCUCGUCCUGUCGUCACAUAUCACAUGCUGCCUUUACUGAGGUUUUUUCGGAUGGCCGCACAUAUCCCAGGCUGAGGGAGCUUGACGUAUCGUUCCAUACGGUCAUGGAUGAUUAUCUCGUGGGUCAGAUCUUUCAAAGCUGCCCAAACAUCCAAAAGUUGGUGGCUUUCGCCUGCUUCAACCUCCGCCAUAUCAAGAUACCUCCAGGUGUUGCGCUGAUAGGUGGCUUGAAGGCACAAGACUCCAUUGUAAUGGAGGGAACUUCUCAAUCACAAUCGAUGGUUUCCUAA